AACGCUGGGCAGUAGAUGUUGUGGACACUAUCGAGAACCGCAAUCGACGUCUUGACAGGUUUUGCUUGGGGGUUCGAAAUACAGCUAUAAGGAUGGGCACAAGGGCCGAAGUGGUGGACAAACUGCGACAAGGAAUUGCACCAGAGAAAAGCAAGCUUUAUGAAAUUUUAUUGAGAGCCCUACGAGACCAAGACGGGCAGACCGUGAUCGAGAUAAGUGACCAAUUCACAAAGCUUCAAGACAAAGGGGAGGGGAGACUGUUUGAAGACCGUCUUGCGCAGGCAUGGAGUACGGUAAAGGCGAUGCUCGUGCCACUCGACAGCGACUUUGUAGCUAGCGUCCGGUCGACCCAGGUGCAAACACGAUAUUGCCUCUCAAAUCUCAAUCCUCCGGACUCUGCCCCAGAAACCGACGUUCUGCAAAACUGGGAAGACCUGAUGCGCCAGCUCGACCUUGUACUGGACUACGCGCAGAGACUAGAAGAAAAACUGACAAGAGAAGAGGUCGACGACGAGUGCGUCACCCUGGCCGUGCUAACGGCUCUGGCCGUGCGCGCGGUCAAGACAGACUUGCUGAGGACGUCCAAGGAGGUGCCAUGGGAGUUUUGGGAGUACUAUCUGGUGUCCUUCGUGAAAACCCAAACUAUGUAUGGCUCCUGGGCAUUCGUAGUGUUCAGCGCAGAGAGUACACUGAGCCACUUGAACACCUUCAGAUGGAACGUCAACGAGUUGGCUUCGAGCUUGCGAAGUUACAGCGGAGACAAGGCAGCAAAGUUCAAAGAGCUGAGCGCCGAACCAGCGAUAGACUUCAGGACCCAUGCCAACGAGAUCCUACAAUCAAGUGGGAAACUCAGCAGUCUGUAUCGGGACUGCCAGGUGCUGCGUGACGUCCAAUCACUGUCAUACAUUUGGGGGGCGCUCACCGUCGCCGCUGCCUCCCUGAAACUGUCCGACUCAGAGUGGAAGGAAUGGGGUUUGAUGUCGCUUUGCAGCGAGCUCUCACAGGCAGACAGGCGUAUGCAGUACUCCUGGGGAUCGGCAAACCUCUCCGUCCGCCACGCGGAAGCCAUCCAACUGUUUGCAGCAUAUCUCGACGAGAAGGAGGAUACCUCGGCUGGUCUGAGGUCAAAAGAAGUUAGGGAAAUACUUCGAAACAAGUUGCUGAUGCUGAGGGCGGUGGUUUUGGAGCUGUGGGCCAUGGCGGAGGCCGAUCUAGUGGAAAGAUACUGGAAACCUGAAAGCAAACAACCGACCGACCUGGCAAGGGCGUUGGCCGUCUAUGAAUUAAGACCAAAGCUGCAAGUGCACCCCAUGUGCGAGUUCUACAUGCGCAGCUUGUUGGUCAAACCUUUGCCAGACUACAACGCAGUAGUGGUGGGCGAAAUACAAACCUACCUUACAAACAUCGACGCACUUACUCGCGCUCGUCUGAUAGCCUUUGGGAGUCCUACCAGCAAGGCGAUGGGCGCCGUGCUGCGGGAUUUUUGCGGCGACCUACUUUCGAGCACGCUGCUGAAGACCUCCAACUCUCCGCUCUCCAGCGUCUGCGCGGCCGAGCUGGAGCAGGCCGGGCUGGACGGCACGCCGCCCUCGCAGGACAUGGUGGACCGCAGCGUUGCUGCCCUGCGUGCCAUGGCGCCAGCGCAGGACGCGGGGAGAGACGCCGCCGUUCGUGGCCUGCUGCUGGUCCUGGCGACGCAUUGGCACGAGCACGACACGGCCUCGCCUACGCUCGACCUCUUCUCGCCCAUCCUCUUCGGCAAGCAGCUGCAGAGCUACCUGAGCCGUGGCGGUGACGAGCUGCUGGAGGCAUGUUUCUCGCCGGGCAAGGAGCUCGAUGCGCUACACGCCGUGCUCCGCGAGGAGGGCCUCGUCAACCUGCGACGUGGCGCCCAGCCGCGCGCACGCAGUCUCCAGGAGGCAAGGGCGGAGGCCGAGCGCGUUCUGGGCCUGAUGCGCGUCAAGGACGAGGCGUUCCGCUGCGCGCAUUCAGGCGACCUGAGCCAGCUGCGCGCCGCCGUGGAGGCCGGGGCUGACGCCCUCAGCAGAGAUUGCCGGGGACGCACGCUACUGCACGCCGCGGCCGACGCCGGCCGGGUCGAGGUCGUGGACUGGCUGCUGAGCCCGGGCGGCGUGGACCCUUGCUCCGCAGACUGGAUGGGAGGGACGGCCCUGUGCGUGGCGGGCAGUGCCAGCGUCGCGGAGAAGCUGUCGCGGUUUCACAAAGCCGGCAAAUCCUGCUCCCCCCUGGACGCCGCCGUGCUGGCCGGGCGCGCCGACGUGCUGGGCGUGCUGCUUGACCAGCUUCACGACGCCGACCUCUUCAGCGCCAAGAGCGAGGCGGGCAGGUCCCUGCUCCGGCAUGCGGCCUUGUGGGGCCACGCCGGUGCCCUGAAGCUCCUCCUGGACCGCGGCGUCGGAGGCGCGGACGCGUCGAGCGCACCUACUCCCCGAGGCGCGCAGCCGCUUAUCCAGGCCGCUGCUUGCUCGGGCAGUGCCCCUACCGUGGAGUUGCUGCUGUCCGGGGCUGGCACCGCGGACUGCUGGGUCGCGCUGCAGCUGGCGGCGCGCGGGGGAAGGCCAAACGCGUUCCGUGCGCUGCUAGACGAGCUCAGGCGGCGGCGCCCCAAGGAUUGGGACGCUCAGAUGCGCCAGGCGGUGGAGCCGGCGGUGCGCGGCGGAGACGAGGACAUCCUGAGCGCGGUGCUGGACGAGUGGCCGCGGGGCGCCUCCAUGGACAUGGAUGGCGGGGACGGCGCCAAGGUCCUGCACCUAGCGGCGUCCCUGGGCCGCCCACAAGUCGUGCGCUGCCUCCUGCAGAGGGGAGCGGACCCGCAACACCGCGACGGGAACAAGAACUCGGCCCUGUACGUGGCGGCCGGCUUUGGGCACCACGAGGUGGUCGCUGCCCUUCUGGAGCGCAUCCCCAGCGGCCACUCGCUGCGCACGGGCGCAAGCGAGGCUCUGCCGCCGCUGUGCUGCGCCGCCAAGGGCGGCCACUUGGCCGUCGUGGAGCUGCUUGUCCGGGAGGGUGCAGAUGUCAAUGUCAGCGAUGCCUCCGAUUCGGAUAAGACGCCGCUGUACUACGCCGCGCUGAAGGGCCACGCCAGCCUCGCGGCGUGGCUGCUGGAGCACGGUGCCUCCUGUUACAGUGCGGCCAUGAAGCACACCCCUCUGCACGCUGCAGCCAUGAACGGCAACCUGGCCGUGGUCAAGGUCCUUGUUCCCAACAACGCCGUUGUUCCAGAUUACCAGCUCCGCCUGCUGCAGCACAAGGACGAGUUCGGCAUCACAGCCCUGCACGCGGCCGUGAUGUCUGGGGCGGUGGCCGUCGUGGAGUGGAUCCUGAUGCGCGAGAAGGAGCAGCUGCAGCGCCUCGACAAGAAGCCGGGUCAGGCCGCCAGCGUGUACCAGCGGGACGAUGUCGGUAGGACGGCCCUAUUCUGGUGCGCGGAGGCCUCAGGCUCUGCGGAAGUCACGCGGGUCCUGCUGGAGAAUAUGAAGGACACGGCGUUCAUGGAGGUAGCCCAGGUUGGCGAGCUGGAGUUGCGCGCUAUGGCGGUGGAGCCUCUGCUAACGGGCGGUGGCGCCGAUGGCGAGAGCGCCGGCGUGGUGCGGGAGCUGUGCCGCUGGAUCCCGGAUAUGGGCAGCGCUGCCCAGGAGGGCGCGUCACGUGGCGCUUGGUUGAAGUCGCUGGCGUCCACUGACAAAGACUUCGGGCUGGCUCUGGUCACUACAAUCUGCAGCUGGCUCGUCGCCAUGAACGAGGCGCGCCUGCUCUUCUCCAGCGCAAAUGUCCCCGUGCUGGUGCGUGGGCUGACGCGCACCCUCGCGGCCGCCCUGGACAACGGCGAGCGGGGCGUGGUGACCAAGGCGGUACUGGCAAGGAUGGUGCAGCAGGGGAGCAGGUUGGCGGCCAAACAGGACGUCGAGUUGUGCAGCCACGCGGAGGCCAUGCGGCGAGGCGUGCUGCAGGGUGCGAGCGGGGACAGUGCGGCGCGGCUGCUGUGCGCAUGGAUGCACGACGUGGUGGGCGGGAAACCUGCUGCGGUCCGCUGCAUGGUGCAGGAGGCCCUGUCAUUAGCCAGGGAUCUUCUCUACGCUGACGGUGUCUGCCUUUGCACUAAGUGGCUGCUGUUUACUGCCCAGCCGGCCGACAGACUCGCCGUUCGCACCAUGGCUGUGGAGGCGCUGCCCCUCGCCAUCUUUAUGGAUGGUGACGGGGUCAGGGAGGUGCAGGAGCUUUGCGCCCAGAUUCCCAAGCUGAGAUCGGAACAAAACCUGAGGUCGCGAGCUGAAAAUCUUGCCGCACUCUCCUCCACAGACAAGAAGUACGGUGAGGUGGUGGUUGGAAAGUUGUGUUCUGUGAUUUGCUGCCAAGAGGGACCCGUGCCGGACCAAAAAGACAUUGGGCAGUGGAUGUGCACGUUAACCAUCAUGCUUGCAAUCGCCCUCGAUGAUGGCUGUGUGGGCCCUAGCUCGGCAGCGCUGCUCUCCAUGCUCGCGCGCAUGGAAAACGACGAGGUGGUGCUGCGUGGUGACAUGGCCAACGUGGCUGGAGCGUUGGAGGGCGCAGACAGCAGCAAUGUCGUGCAAGUCCUGUGCGCGUGGAUCUCGGAUCUAGCCACAAGGGACCUACAAAGUGUACGCGCUGUGGCGAAAGAAGUUCUGUCCGUGGCGGGGGCGCUUGGCGAUAAUGAGGCUGUGGAAGUCCUGGGAAGCUUUGUCGCUGAGCAGCAUGCCUCGUGUUGUCUGCUGAGACUCUUCUGCCGGUUCAGCCAACCCAAGAAGUAAUCCCGAGGGGUAGCUCACUUCGAAAAAUCGGUGUACACUCAGGAAAAAGUCGCAAAAAAGUAAAAAAAUCAAAAAAGUCAAUAAAAGUCAAAAAACCACGAAAAGUCACGAAAAUCAGUGAAAAUCAACAGAAAGUCA